AUGGUUCGAAGACCUUUCAUAUUCUUCUUCUUCGUCUUUCGCCUUUAAGCCUGCCCUCUUUCAGAACCCUAGAUCUCUCUCUUGCUCAUCUCUUUGGAAACACAAAUUCUCAAAUUCUCAAUCUCAAAUUCAGGUAAGAGACAUGGAUGAUAGCUGUGCCGUCUGCGCUGAAAACCUCGAAUGGGUUGCCUAUGGAUCUUGUGGUCACCGAGAGGUUUGCUCAACAUGUGUCGUUCGUCUCCGUUUCGUCCUUGGCGAUCCUCGUUGCUGUAUCUGUAAGACCGAGUCUCCUAUCGUCUUCGUCACCAAGGCAUUGGGUGAUUACACAAGGACGAUCACUGACUUCUCCACCUUCCCAACAGCACCAAAGGAAGGUCGAGUAGUAGGAUCCUUCUGGUAUCAUGAAGACACUCAGGCUUUCUUUGAUGACUUGGAUCAGUACAGGAUGAUCAAAGCUAUGUGUAGGCUUUCCUGCGGUGUUUGUGACAAGGCUGAAGAUCAACCAAGGGAAGGAGGACCUGGACCAAGACAUCAUCACCGGCAGCGUAUUAAGAGUGUUGAACAGUUGAAGGGUCAUUUAUAUCAUAAGCACAAAUUGCAUAUGUGCGGUUUAUGUCUUGAAGGCCGAAAGAUAUUCAUAUGUGAACAAAAGCUGUAUACUAGGGCACAACUGAACCAACACAUACACACUGGUGACUCUGAAGUUGAUGGUACUGAGAGCGAAAGGGGAGGCUUUACUGGACAUCCUAUGUGUGAGUUCUGUAGGAAUCCAUUCUAUGGUGAUAAUGAAUUAUAUACUCACAUGACUACUGAGCAUUACACCUGCCAUUUUUGCCAAAGGUCGAAUUCAGGACAGUAUGAAUAUUACAAAAACUAUGAUGACUUGGAGAUUCACUUCCGCAGAGAUCAUUUUAUUUGUGAAGACGACUCCUGCCUUGCUAAGAAGUUUAUAGUUUUCCAGAAUGAAUCAGAAUUGAAAAGGCAUAACGCUGUUGAGCAUGGAGGUAAAAUGUCUAGGUCUCAGCGCAGCGCUGCAUUACAGAUACCAACAAGUUUCCGAUAUCGACGUGGAAAUGAUCAAGAGAAUCGUCGUGGAAGAGCCCGAUCAUUUCGUCGUGAGCCUGGUGAUGAUGAUUAUAAUCAUGCAGUUCAUGAGGCUCUUCGUUUAUCUGAGGCUGAGUAUUCUCGGCAAGAGCCUGCUCCGCCACCCUCAAGUGCACCACCUGGAUCCUCUGAGAACAACAAUAUUCACAUAGAUGAUGCUGGUUCUCUUAUUCAACCCAUGGAAUCUCUAUCAACUACAGAUAUGGAACCCUCUUCACGAUAUCUACAAGCUGUAGGAAGCUCUGGUGGUGGUGGUUCACGUCUUGGAGAAUCUGCUUUCCCUCCUCUUUCUGGUCCACCGAGAUCUGGACAGAACUUGGAAAGUUUGCCUACUAACACCAUGGCUGCUCGUCUAAGACGUCAAACAAAUCGAACUACUACUGCUUCUGCUAUUGCUAGUCCUUCUGAAGGAUGGCCAGCGGUUAACCGAAGCGCAGCACAACCAUCUAUUACUACUGGCGGUAACUAUUCUUCUUCAGGAUGGCCAGCAAUAGCGCGAACACCUAUACAAGCCUCNUCCACAAGUUGCGUUAGGACACUCCUUCCUCAGACGCUGAACUUUACCAGAUCCAUCGAUUUUGUAAAACUGAAGAACCGCGAGCUUCACCUUCUUAUGCUUAUGCUUGAUCUUCUUCGGCUUGGUGUAAGUCUUCUUCUUCCUCUUCUUAGCACCACCACGGAGACGGAGCACGAGAUGAAGCGUCGAUUCCUUCUGGAUGUUGUAGUCGGCGAGAGUGCGGCCGUCUUCGAGCUGCUUCCCGGCGAAAAUCAAACGCUGCUGGUCCGGUGGGAUCCCUUCCUUGUCUUGGAUCUUCGCUUUCACAUUGUCGAUGGUGUCGGAGGACUCGACCUCUAG